UGUCGUUCAGUGCUCUAGGGAUAACGUUCGCCAAGUAGCGGGUCAAGCGGCGGGAUGACUGCAGUGCCUCGUGGAGCGCGGAAAACCCGGUGAUAGAUGAGAGCGUGAGGCUGAAAGGAUAUCUGGAAGCCACAAAGCUGCCCCUCUCAUUCCCCUCUUGGUCGCGCUGCAUUGUGUAAUACCUACUCGCCAGUCACUACGGCGCAUAUCAGUGCUCAGUGCCCACCUCACUGAUUGCCUCGAGCUAGCAACCUAGCCUUCCCCAUAUUAUUCCUCGUCUAGUCUCGUGUCCAUCGCCUCCGCCCUUAUCACUUCGCCCUGUACCACCUAUGUCGCAUCCGCCUGAGCACCCCGCAAAACAGACAUCGACGCCCUCCACGCCCACAGCAGACAGCGGCCCCUCUCAUCCUGGCUUCUACACCUCGCGCCCCACGCUCGCCGUCCCCGCCGCCCCCGACGACGCUCGCCCAGCGCCCGUCAAGUAUAUGUCAACGCCCGCAUACCAGAGCCCGCUCCGACACCACCGCCGAGCUGCGUCCAGUACUAGACACGUGAAGGAAACCCUCAAUGCGCGCUCCGAGUACAGUAACAGCGAAGAUGACGGCACCGCCCAGCACCGCAUCAACCAAUACCUGAUCAAGCAGGAGAUCGGGCGAGGCUCCUUUGGCGCCGUCCACCUCGCCGUCGACCAGUAUGGCCAGGAAUAUGCCGUCAAAGAGUUCUCCAAGUCGCGCCUGCGCAAACGUGCCCAAUCAAACCUCCUCCGCCGACCCAGCAAUCGACGACGCGCCCUGCCUGCCGGCAUUGGGUUCAAUUCCCCACUGCAUCGACACUCGUCUACCGAAGGAGAGAACAAUGCCUUUGAAUUGAUCAAGGAGGAGAUCGCCAUCAUGAAGAAGCUCAACCACCCCAAUCUGGUGUCACUAAUCGAAGUGCUCGAUGACCCAGAGGAAGACUCGCUGUACAUGGUCAUGGAGAUGUGUAAGAAGGGCGUGGUCAUGCAGGUGGGCCUUGAAGAGCGUGCAGAUCCCUAUAGUGAAGAGCAGUGUCGAUGUUGGCUGCGGGAUAUGAUCCUCGGCCUCGAAUACCUUCAUGCACAGGGUAUUAUCCAUCGUGACAUCAAGCCCGACAACUGCCUCGUCACCGAAGACGACGUGCUCAAGAUUGUCGAUUUCGGCGUGUCGGAAAUGUUUGAUAAAGACGGCGAGAUGAAGACAGCCAAGUCAGCGGGAUCGCCAGCGUUCAUGCCGCCAGAGCUGUGUGUUGCCAAGCACGGUCACGUCUCUGGCAGGGCUGCCGACAUCUGGUCCAUGGGCUGCACACUAUACUGUCUGCUGUUCGGCCGGAUCCCGUUCGAGAAGCACGGCAUGAUUGAGUUGUACCAGGCGAUACGGAUGGAUAAGGUCGAAUUCGACAGCCCCUGCAAUGAUGAGCUCAAGGAUCUCCUCAUUCGACUGCUGGAGAAAGAUCCAAAGAAGCGGAUAAAUAUCGAGCAGCUUCGAGAACACCCUUGGGUCACACGACAAGGCGCCGACCCUCUACUGCCUAAGUCAGAAAAUGUCGCCGUUAUAAUAGAACCGCCCACUGAUGAAGAAGUCAAUGCUGCCAUCACUGGAAACAUGGGUCAUCUCGUGACAGUGGUUCAAGCAGUGAAGCGUUUCAAACAACUACUCUUCAGGCGGAGACCAGAGCGCCUAGAGGGGAUACUUGGUAGUGCCUCGAGAAUCGUACAGCCUCCACUGUCUAUGAGACCUUCAGCACUACGAAAGUCGAAAUCGCAAGACACAGAUAACCGACAUCCUGUGGAAGGAGUUCUCGCCGCAGAAGGGAUCCAUCGAGACGUCGACAGCCACGACCGCUUCCGCGAAGAAGCAUUCGCUACACGACUCGCGCCGAAACGCUCGACCAUCACCAGAGCAAAUGCGCCAAAUUCACUAAGUCCUACUGACGCUAACGUAAUCCACGACAACAUGUCCCAUAGGCCUUCCGCAACAACUUCCAUCUCCACACCCAACACAUCAACAUCAGGACCCUCCACACCGAUUGGCAAGGGCCAUGCCCACGACCCUCUUGAAGACACACUGUUCCUCAACAUCGGCACCGGCGAGGACUCCGCAUCCGCAGAUACCUUCUUCGUCUCCGAAUCACCCUCCAACGUCGACAUCAACGUUUACGAAGCCGCCUACGAAGAAGAAGUCCAACGCAUCAUCGCUCAACGCAAAGACCAACACCGCCGCCCCACGCUCUACCUCACACGGCGCGUCGAGGACAUUAAGCGCAUUCGCGACAGCGACUGCGUGUUCGACGACGGCAAAGACCUUGGCCGCGGUCUGAAAGGUGGGUUUAAGGACUUCGUCAAGAAGACUAAAGAGGACAUCGAGGCGAGAGGCGAGCUGCAGAAGCUGCAGGAGGGUAAAGAAGGGAAGCUGGGCCGUACAAUGCGCAACGUGAGGGAGGCGAAGAGGCUGGUUGAGGAGGCGAGGGAGAGAGUUAAGAUUGAAGAUCGCGAGAGGGAGAGAGAGAGGAGUAGGAGUAGUACGCCCGUGCCAAGAAACAACAGCUCGGGCAGUGUGACGACAAGGAUUAGUCGGAGUGGGACGCCGGUUGGGGGCGGUGCUUGACGAAGAUGCAUAUACGUAUCAGGCGUUAUGGGUUCAUGGAGUUACUUUGUACGAAUGAUGUAUUGAGGGAUCGACGGUUGGGACGAGGGACUUGCAUGAGCUGAGCGGGCUUGGCUUGAAGCAUCAUAAACACGGCAUAUUACCUUCUUCUUCCUGAAACAAUUGACAAUCACAC